CUGCAGUUCCCCCACCCAGUUUAUCUGGGCCACUGGCCUUUUGGCCCCUUUCUUCACCUCCAGUUCAUCUCGUCGAAGCCGCUGCACGUCCAGCGCUCCAAGCCCAACCGGCCAUGUCGAAUCUCUUCUCUGGCAUCAACGCCCGGAUGCGGGGAAGCUCCUCCAAGGUUGCAGCGCCGAACAAAAGCUCGACUCCAACCGCGGAUGGGCCUCGUAAAUCGCAUGAUACCCAGUCCUCGACCAGCUCCGCGCCCAAGGUCUCCCUGUCGAAGUCGUCGUCGUUCAGCGAGUCGGUCGGCGUCAUGGCGCCUCAAUCUCUGGACUUGCCGAGGCCCAUCCCGCUGUGGCUCAACCCCGCCCACACCAAGCACAUCGUCAAGGGCAACUUCAUGACGCUCAGCGCCCGCCCGAAGACGGUUGAGCAGGGCGAAUGGGUGGCUCACCAAGUCGUCGAGCACUACCGGAAUUUAUUGAACUUUGUUCGCAUCGUCCUCGAGAAGGAGGAAGACGGGACCAGCAUAUGCACCUCGCGAAGUUGUCCCAAGAUGUCAGCUGGACAAAACCACUCGUUCACUUGGCUCAACAAGAACCAUGAACCCGUCGAGCUUCCAGCAGCCGAGUACAUGGGUCUCGUGCAACGUUGGAUCUCUGGAAAGGUCGACGACGUUGCAAUGUUUCCCACGGAUCCGUCUGGCAUUUCCUUCGCCUUCCACCCCGAGUACUCCAACAGCUCGCAGCUCCCCCAGCACGGCAACGGGGAUUGGCUGGGCAUGAGCAGCGGGUUCCCGAAGCAGUUUGCAGGCACCUGCCAGCUCAUGUUCCGUCAGAUCUUCCGCGUCUACGCCCAUCUCUACUGGAGCCACUUCACGCAGCCCUACUACCACCUUAACCUGGAGAAGCAGCUGAACAGCUGUUUCAGCCACUUCAUUCUGACGGCGACGACUCUCGACAUGCUGCAGCCUAAUGACCUUGAGCCGAUGCAACUGCUCAUUGACUUGUGGGCAGCUGACGGCACGUUUCCCCCGGAGUCGAGGCCCUAUUCAUAUGCAAAUGUGGAGCGAGGCAAAUACAUUUUGAGUCUGAGCACUGCCAUCUGAAAGGUCAGGCUUCAAUGGUUAUCACACAUCUAGACUGGGAUGAACUUUAUAAUGAAAU